GAAAAAGAAUGAGGGCACUUUUACGCGCGAUCUCUGGAAUUUCAAAAUUACCGAUAUACUUUCGUUACAACACCUGUUGCAUUCGCACGAGCAAGUAAACAGAUCUCGGUGAUCACUCAGUUUUGCAUUGUCACACUUGAUGCGAAAGCGUCGUAUCUGAGUGAGUUGCGUCCGACAGUUUGGCGGCUAUCGAUGCUGACGUAUAUGAACAAUUAAAUAUGAAUUGAGAACAAAGUAACAUAGGUCACGGUAUGCGUCUGCUAGCGUCUACACUGGGCAUGCGUCGUCUGCCCUUCCGUACGAUUGCACCUGCACAUCCACUGGAUUAGCGCCAAUCCGAUAGUAUUGUUUCCGGCACUGCUGCAAAGCGGUUACAUGUGUGUGUUUCCUCUCUCUUCCUUACCUCUUUUAUAUCUACCGCGAGGUGCUAUUGAUAGUCAAUGUUGGUCGACGUCGCGACUGCGAGACGUGCACAGAUGAUCGAACGCGCGACGAAGUGCACGAACAUGAAAGUGCGGUCGGACAACAAAGAUUCGACUAGUGUGACUCAUCGGACGACUUUUCACUCUCAUUAGGUGCACGUUGUUUUCGGUGCGGUCACUGAAUCCCACGCGAGAAGAAAAGCGUGUACGCUCCAGUGUGUAUAUUUUAUGAUUCGCCAAGCCGUGUCAGACAAACUGCGGCGCGAAGCAUGGCGAAAGAAGAAGUGGACGAUGUGUUGCCGGACAAGGACGCGGCGAAGGGAUUUUACGCCAAAUACGAGCCCAAGGAGAUCCUGGGAAGAGGAAUAUCUUCCACUGUGAGAAGGUGCAUAGAGAAAGAGACAGGUAUAGAGUAUGCAGCUAAAAUUAUUGAUAUUAGUAAUGAGACUCAGGAUGGGAUGAAGGAUGCCACACUGCAAGAAGUACAGAUACUUCGUAGGGCAGCAGGACAUCCAUACAUUAUUGAAUUGCACGAUGUCUUUGAAUCUAGUACAUUUAUAUUUUUAAUUUUUGAACUGUGCAAGAAUGGAGAAUUAUUUGAUUAUCUCACAUCCGUUGUGACACUUUCUGAAAAAAAGACACGUUAUAUCAUGAGGCAAGUGUUUGAGGGACUCCAACAUGUGCACAACCAAGGGAUAGUGCAUAGAGAUUUAAAACCUGAAAACAUAUUGCUUGAUGAUAACUUGAAUGUAAAAAUAACAGACUUUGGUUUUGCCAAAGUGUUGAAGCCUGGGGAGAAAUUGUACGAUCUCUGCGGUACACCUGGCUACUUGGCACCAGAAGUAUUAAAAUGUAACAUGUUUGAGACUGCAGAAGGUUAUGGAUUCGAAGUUGACAUAUGGGCUUGUGGUGUGAUUAUGUUUACACUAUUAGUAGGCAGUCCUCCAUUUUGGCACAGAAAGCAAAUGGUUAUGCUUAGAAAUAUAAUGGAAGGAAAAUAUUCAUUUACAUCUCCUGAAUGGGCUGAUAUAACAGAGGCUCCAAAAGAUUUAAUAAGGAAAUUAUUAGUUGUUGAUCCUAAAAAAAGGAUUUCUAUAAAGGAUGCAUUAGAACAUUCUUUCUUCCAUACUGUUGAAUUGAAGGCUAAGUCGUUUAAUGCACGGAAAAGAUUCCAGUUGGCAAUUAUUUGCGUACGAGCUGUUAUCCGUAUCAAACGACUUCAUAGCACACCAGAACCACUUUCGACGCAGAUAGUCUGCACUGACCCCUAUAGAAUAAAAGUUUUACGAAAGGUAAUCGAUGGCUGCGCGUUCCGGGUCUAUGGACAUUGGGUAAAGAAGGGCGAAGGUCAGAACCGCGCGGCACUAUUCGAGAAUACACCAAAGACAGAAUUGAAGCACCUAUACGUUAGUAACUUAAGUAGAUAACUAUUACUUUGCUAAAUCGUACUAGUUAAAUUUUAUCGCUAAUAAGAAUCUCCAUGGUUUAAUGGUCUGAAAUAAUAAUGAAAUAUUUUAGAAAAAUAUUCGAAAUGGUCAUCUUUUUUUGAUUGCGAUGGUUAGGCAAUAAUUUUUCAGGUCUGAUCAGCAUUACUAAAAUUUACACUCAUAUAAAAUGCAAUGUUGGUUUUUGUACAAAUAAUCGGUAUAUCAGUACAAACUAAAAUUGCAAGGAAUGUAUCUCUUCACAAAUAUUACAAAAUAUUUGGAUGUGUAAGGUUAAAAUGUAAUAUUUCUAGAUAAUAUUUUUAAAUAUAUUAAAAAAAUCACGCACUAUUUGUUUAAAAUCAUGUUUUCUCAUUGGUAUUGAAUUAGUUUAUUUAUAUAGUUAUUGGAAUUUUUCCCCUGAUGAUUAAUGACCAUUUAGCUAAAAUUAAGGAGAAAGAGAGAAUGAUCUUCCAUAGAAUAUAAUUUUCUUCUUUCAAUAUAUGUAUUUCAAUUGCAUAACAAAAUGGUACUAAUAAUAUUUAUAAAAGUUAUACUUUUUUCGUGAAUCUCUAUUAUAGUACUUUGUAACAUGUUAACAUGUUAAAUUCUUGCAAAACGUGACAUAUUGCAGGCAUUAUUAUUACUAUAUAUGUAAAUAUUCACUUUUACAUUAGACAAUAUAAUACUUCAAAAUCUAGUCAUAUUUUGUACAAAUAAAACUGUUUUAAAUCAUAUACGUUACAGAUAAAUUCAAAUUAGAAUAUGAAUCAAGCAAGACUUGGUACUAGCAAGAUUACAAAGAUCUAUACUCUUACAAGACUUGAGUAUAUGACAAUAUCUGGUGUAAAAGACAUGUUUUCACAGUGACAUGACAAUUUGCAGGUGACACAAACAUAUAAAAUUAUCACUGCUUCCAAAGAAAUGGCGGUUCCUCGUGUUAUACUAUUGUAUAUUGGCCUUUUAGUUUUAUGUAUAGAUAUGGCAUAAUAUGUAAGUUUGUAGUCGCUCUCGACACAUUCAAUAGUGUUCAAGAAAUGUAUUACUAAAUAUAUAAUCGCGUUUUUGAACAGUGUGCUUGUAUUAUGUAAUAAGUUGAUAAGACAAUAGUUUUGUAUAUGAAUAAAUAUACAAAUUACGAAUUGUUACGAGAA